CUCGUCCUUGGGGGGCUGAGAAAGGCUGAUACUCUCCGUGUGGUGCUGUUCGGUGCCGGUCCAUCGGGGUGGCGCUGCCUCGCACAGGAAGCUUUGACACGGAGACGAGGAAGAAAUCUGUACACGGAAGUCCUGCAGGAUUUUUUUUUUUUUACAUGCAUGAGAUUUGAGUGUUGUUUGUGGACUCCUCGGUGUAAUUCACCUCUUUUGUCUGACGGGUUAGUUGAGGCGUGUUGACGCGUAAAGAUGGCACAGCCGGCGUGGAGACCUCUGGUGAGAUAAUCGGCAGACGCUUGAGAUCCAGUCCGGGUCAAUGGACGCCAGGACCUGCUGAAGUGCUGCUGUUUUGACAGCUGGGGUUUGAAGACUCGGGUACCUGGUCAGAGCCAGCUAAAGGAGAGACAAGACCCGAGAUUUAAAGAGUAGAAAGCGGGGUUGGGUUUAUGUAGAGACGGAUAUCUACGACGCAAAGAGCUCCUCUGACCUCUGCUUGUUUAGUCUCUCCACACCGACCCCUGGUCAUGGCCUCAUCCCGGUUGAAGUACCUCUCUCUGGGCGUGCUGGUGUUCCAGACCACCUCCCUGGUGCUCACCAUGCGGUACUCCCGCACCCUGCAGGCUGAAGGCCCUCGGUACCUGGCCUCCUCAGCUGUGGUGGUGGCCGAGGUCAUGAAGAUCCUCGCCUGUGUGCUGCUCGUCUUCAAGGAGCACAGUUACAGCAUGCGAGCUCUGAACAGCGUCCUGCGUCAGGAAAUUAUCCACAAACCUGUAGAAACACUGAAACUUGCGAUCCCGUCUGGGAUCUACACACUGCAGAACAACCUGCUGUACGUCGCCUUGUCCAACCUGGACGCAGCCACCUAUCAGGUGACAUACCAGCUGAAGAUCCUGACCACAGCUCUGUUCUCAGUGUCGAUGCUGGGCCGCAGGCUCGGCGUCUACCAGUGGCUCUCACUGCUGAUUCUUAUGGCUGGAGUGGCUCUCGUGCAGUGGCCCUCUGAGUCCUCAGCGACCCCGGAGAAGGAGGCCCUCUCCGCAGGCUCCCAGUUUGUCGGUGUGACAGCGGUUCUGGUGGCGUGCUGCUCCAGCGGGUUCGCUGGUGUCUACUUUGAGAAGAUCCUAAAGGAGAGCAAACAGAGCGUCUGGGUCCGCAACAUUCAGCUAGGGAUGUUCGGCCUUGUGUUCGGCCUCUUUGGGAUGCUGGCCUAUGAUGGAGAGAGGGUGAAGGAGUCGGGAAUGUUCCAGGGAUACAACACCAUCACCUGGACUGUCGUGGCGCUGCAGGCGCUGGGUGGUCUGGUCAUAGCAGCGGUCAUCAAGUAUGCAGACAACAUCCUCAAGGGCUUUGCUACAUCGCUCUCCAUCAUCCUGUCAACGCUCAUAUCGUACUUCUGGCUACAGGACUUCGACCCCACUGGGGUGUUUUUCUUGGGGGCCAUUUUGGUCAUCGCGGCCACUUUCUUGUACGGCUACGAAGGCAAGUCGUCCCCCAACCCCAGCAGGGCGUAGGACACUCACGGCUGAUACUACAGCAGCGGUAGGAGGUCCUGUUGAAGCGUCAAGACGUGGAGGGUAAAAGCAGGACAAGAGGGCUGGAGGAAAAGAAGGGGAAAGGUCUUUAUUGUAUAUUGUGAUCAGAAAAAGGAGGAGACAGAGCAGGGGAGGAGUAGGAAGAAGAGGAGGAGGAGGUAAGCAGAUUGGGACCUGAAGAUGGGGAGGUUAAAAACAAACAACAAAAAAAAAGCACAAUGCUGUGAUGGGUCUCACACACCAAAAGUGCCUCAGCUGAGAACGGUAACCAGUGAGAGAAGAAAACUGUUUAUUAAUAUCGCUGUAGAGAAAAAGCCUGGCUGCCACACCUCCAAAUCUGGAGAGAUAUUCUCGACAGGACCGACUGUCGAGGCUGUUUGACUGCCAGUCACUGUUACUGCCACAUCGCUCACACCUGUACAGUAAAAAGUUUCAGAGGCAGACAGGCAGGAGUUUCUAAAGCUUCUUCAAAACCAUAUUUUUUUAGAUGUAGCGUUUACAUUAGAGCUGCAGUAUUUAAAGCUCUCUUUUUUUUCGGUCCCACUUUGAGCUCUGAAAGCACAUUUCCCUCCCUGAAAUGAGCCUUCCCAGCUGAUGUUUCCUCUAAAGCUGUGUACACUACUGCAAGCUGUCACGAUCAAAUGGUCAAGCUUAGCGUAAGUCUGCUACAGAGGUAGGAUUUGUACACGGUUUAAGAGACCUGUCUGCCUGGGAGGCGCACUCGGGGCAAGAAAAAAUAAAUAAAAAAAGAACAAAUCGAUGCACUGCGAGCCGUUUAGACACAGGUAGUCGACGUGACCAUAACUAGUAUUGUUUCCUUAAUCACGGCUCUCACGUUGGGUUCUGUUCAGCUAUUUUUGGAAACAGUUUUUGUUGCCAAGCAACAUAUAGUCACUGAUAUGUCUUUGAUAACAUACAGCUCCUGUCUCCAUGACAGAACUGUUAACCGUUACUGUAGGACUCUGGUCUGUCUGUGUCUGGUGGCGUUUAAUGUUUGACAGUAAUCUGGGUGUAUGAGUAAACUGUUACAGGAAUAAACUAAUCAAACUCUACAGAAAUACUGCUCUAGGUCGUAACAGGGGGUUAUCAAUCGAAGGGAAAAGUUUGAUUAUGUGGUGAAGAUUGAAAAAUAAAUAAAUAAAUCAUGUUAACCUUGAGUGUAAAUAAUAGCACCAUUUUUAAAUUGUAAUCUAUGAAUCUCAAUGAAUUGUCUGUUUAACUUAUUCGUUCAUUAAUUAGACUCUUCAAAGCCACUGAUUACAAACUUCCUGUGUUUGUGUAACAAUAUAUUCUUUUGAUUUUGUGGCAAAGUUUAAAAAAAAAA